CAAUUCCCUAAUUCCCUGACAAAAUGGGUUGGACUCAUCGUGCCCCAAUUCCCUUUCCAGUUGCCAAAAGGGAUUCCUCAGCUACUUCAAAUCUGCCGAUUCUAUCUACUUCGGAAACCAACCCUUUAAGUUUUAACGUAUUUAUUUAUUAUUAUAUUCAGCUGGAUUGAAACCAAUAGCGACUUCCCAGAUGUUUUACUGCUCCAAAAUUCAGAAAAGGGAAGUAAGUCAAGGAGAUGAUGCAAAUCAUGAUCCCGCAGCAUCUAAUGUCUUGGAAGAAGCCAAUGAAGACAUAUUGUUGGAGAUAUUUCUUCGCCUCCCCAAUUGUCGAUCAGCAAUCCUGUGUGGGGCUGUGUGUCGUCGUUGGCAUUCUUUCAUUUCUCACCCUCACUUCAUUCAAAGAUUCAUUUCCCAUCACCAGGAACACCGACAUCGCUUUCCGCAGCCCUACACCAUCGUUAUUCAUAAAGCUCAGAACACUCUCAUGUUGGAACGGCAUCUCUGCUCAUAUUUUCAACUAAUUUCUAAGAUAUGUUAUGAAGAGAGUAUGUUUCCCCAUAAUGGAAAGGCGGAUGCAGCGUGCAGUAGCGUCAGUUCCUAUUUGGAUUUCUUGCCUUCCCAAGUGUUUAUAAGAGCUUUGUGUAAUGACUUGUUGCUUGUCUCCUCUCCAACGUCGGGUGUUUACUACAUCUGUAAUCCAAUCACCAAACAAUAUUAUCAGCUCCCCAAUCCCCAUCUCUCCGAGUUUUUUAUAGCGGGACAUGCAUUACUGUGUGACAACAAAAAACGACUUAACCACUUCAAGGUGGUACUGUUCCAUGUUGAUCAGUACCCUGAUCAUGAUUUGGGAUGCAUAUCAAUAUUUAGUUCAAAGUCUGGAAAGUGGGAAACCAUAAGUGUAUCUUAUCCUCCACCCAAACAGUUAUAUUGUGGUUGUGUUAUAGAUGUUGUGACAUGCAGCGGGAUCUUUUAUUGGCUGGAGUGGAUACAUAGUGUGGAUAGGGUUAUUUCAAAAGAUAUGAAGGAAAGUCCGUGUGUAGUUAUUGACUUCCCCCAGGAUUUUUGGUGGUAUGAAGCGCUUCCAGGAGGUUCUGUCACACAACGAAUUGGAGCAGUAGGUGGAGAGCUGAGGUUAUUACAAGUUGUGCUGAUGCCAUAUAUUGAGAAAGCAGAAGUGGUUUUAAACUUCAAGGUGUGGAAGUUGAAUUCUUCAUGGGUUUUGGUUCACGAUAAGAGAUACAGAGAUGAGAGAUUCCUGCGGUGGCCAAACAAUCAGACGCUCUAUGCCCCCUUUCCUCAUUCAACUAAUGGCAAUGUGGUUUUUAUGGUAUGGGGUAAAACUGUUCUUAAGUGUAAUCUGAUGAUGAAUGAUGCAUAUGAAGUGGUACAUGAGAUUCAAGAGCCUGAAACCAGAACAGUCUGCUUUCCCUUCGUGCAUCCAAUUUGGCCAACACAGCUUCCUUCAUGAGUCUUGACCCCUCAGCCCAUUUGUUAUUAGUAUGGAAGGAAAUCUACUUAUUUAAGAAAACUCAUAAUUACAUUAGAAAUUUUCAAGUGAUGAUAGUUGCUGUCAUGCAAGUUAUUGCAUUUUUCUCACUUGAGCAAACACUUCUCUUCUUUUACUUGAGGAUUCAUAUGCUCUCAACCAAUAAUGAGGUGCUUGUGUUUUAUAUAUCCCUCUCUAUAUAUAUCCACCGAAAGGACUAUAGAAUGGUGAAAACCUCUAUUAGUUGGUCUUAUGUGUUGAAGUUUCAAUACAUGUUGCUAGUUAUGUAAAAAUGUAGAAUGGAUGUGGUGCAAAUGGGUGUAUAAUUUUACAACUAUAGUAGCAAGGAUGUUUUUACUUGGACAAAAA